AUGGCGCCGUCUGCAAAGCCUACUCUUGCGCCUCUGAAGACUUCCAAGUCGCCCACCUUUCCAUCGGAAUUGCACGACAGCCCGCUCUUCUCUGGCAAAACGGAGUCUAUCAAGCAGGAAGACUUUCUCAGGACGCCCAUCACCCCGCCCAUGGCAUACACGGACUUCCUCAAGGUCGUCACUCCCAUAGUUGCCUCUCCAUCGAGCGCGAGAGACAAGAGUUUCGACCGUCUGGCUGCCGCAAUGUCCCAUACCUCUGCGACCAGCCCUUACUUCUGCAGCUGCUCAAAUGCCUGUCGCAAGUCGCCAACCGUGGCAUCGACUACCUCCUCUCCAGUAGUUCUACAUCACCACCACUACCGCAGCAGUGAUAGAGUCCGAAAGACUCCCACCUCAGCAAGACCGCUACGCAUAACUGCCCCGUCUCCAAAGUCUACGUCCCCUAGCUUUGACUCUCCGAGAUGUUGCUCUGCCCGGUCACCGUUACCUCCUCCAGACUGGAUAACUGAAUCGACUACCCGACGCACCGAAACCCCACGAUGCUCUUCUUGCUCACGACCUAUCAGUGUUCGCCAUGUUGUUACCAGAACCAUAACCUAUAAGCGCACAGCUCUCGAACCAGCUCCCAAGGGAAAGCGAAGGAAAGCUGAGGAAUAG